AUGAAGAAUUGGGGCAUGGCCAUCAACCGUGUGGUCGCGGACAGCCUCAUCGGCCGCCGCUUCAGGCUAGAAAAUUCUGGCCAUCGACAUGAGCGGAAGGGAUCGCGCUUCUUGACUGAAGUCCGCGCCGGCCUCACCACCUUCUUUGCCAUGGCCUACAUCAUUUCUGUCAAUUCCAACAUCCUGACUCAAUCUGGAGGCACAUGCAUCUGCAGCGACCAGGAAAACCCAACAUGUGCCGGAAACACAGAAUACGAGCUGUGUUUGAAUGCGCUCAGACGGGACUUCAUUACGGGCACUGCAGCGAUUGCGGCCCUUUCGUCGUUCUGUAUGGGUCUAUUUGCCAAUAUGCCAAUCGCUCUGGCUCCUGGAAUGGGCUUGAAUGCAUAUUUCACGUAUAACGUUGUUGGAUUCCGUGGCACUGGCCCCGUUCCUUAUCGCCUUGCGCUUACCGCUGUCUUCAUUGAAGGGUUUGUCUUUGUGGGUUUGUCGGUAUGCGGUAUGCGCCAAUGGCUUGCAAGAGCUAUUCCACGGUCGAUCAAACUCGCCUCGGGUGCUGGUAUUGGGCUCUAUCUAUCUCUCAUUGGCUUAACGUACAGUGCCGGUAUUGGUGCCAUCACUGGUGACCAAGCAACACCACUCUCUCUUGCUGGAUGUGUGGAGAGCGAGAUGAUAGAUGGCGUUUGUCCCUCCGGAGCCAAAAUGCGCAACCCAACGUUUUGGGUUGGUCUUUUCUGUGGUGGUGUCUUCACCUGCCUCCUCCUCAUGUACCGCGUCAAGGGCGCUAUAAUUGCCGGUAUCCUCCUCGUGUCCAUCAUCUCUUGGCCCCGGCCGACAAACGUCACCUUCUUUCCACACAAUCCCCAGGGAGACGACUCAUUCGAUUUCUUCAAAAAGGUCGUCACUUUCCACCCCAUCAGGAAGACAUUGGCAGCCCAGGACUGGAAUCUCGGCAGCGCAGGGGGCCAAUUCGGCCUGGCGUUUAUAACCUUCCUGACUUCGAAGGAUCAGCCGUCGCCUAUAUGGUGGAUGCAUUUAGCAUCUCCCAUUGGUUCCCUCCUCGGCCUGUCCCCCGUGACAGCCUUCGUUGAAUCAGGCGCCGGGAUUGCCGAAGGAGGCGCCACGGGUAUCACCGCUAUGGUUACGGGGCUCUGCUUUUUCGUCUCCAUCUUCUUCGCGCCUAUAUUCGCCUCGAUCCCGCCGUGGGCGACGGGCUGCACGCUCGUCCUGGUCGGGUCGAUGAUGACCAAAGUCGCAUCAGAUAUCAACUGGUCGUAUAUCGGUGAUGCGGUGCCCGCUUUUGUUACACUGGCGGUGAUGCCCUUUACAUACUCGAUCGCGUAUGGUCUUAUUGCGGGGAUUAUGUCGUAUAUCCUGCUCAAUACGGUGGCCUUCGUCCUCGAGAAGGUCUCGGGCGGCCGCCUCGUCCCGCAUAACAAGGACCUGAAAGAGCCGUGGUCGUGGAGGAUUCCGGGUGGGAUCUUGCCCGGCUGGCUAGUUCGGUUGGCGCAUGGCAAGAAAGAUUUCUGGCGCAAAGACGUCUUGGACAGGGACGAUCAAGACUACUCAUUAGCCACCUCUGCUCAAACCGCAGAUGCUGGUGGAUACGCCUGCACGGGGGAUAAGAGCGCCGUCGCCAUUGCCGCUUCAACGAGUGAUGGUGGCGAUGCGCACAAGGAGAAGUAA